AUGGCUUCCCAGACCUGGUUUGAUGGCCUUAAGAGGUCCUUCGCCGAUGUUCCCGUUGGCGCAGAUAACUCCAUCUCUACCACCGAGUUCCUUGAAGCCGCCGAAUCCCUGACUACUCUGUUCGAUGUGCUCGGAUCUAAAGCUUUCUUUCCUGUUAAGAAUGACCUCCUUGGAAAUGUCAAGAAACUCAAAGACCGGCAGCUGGCUGCCCCGGCCGAGUCUGAGACUGUCCAGUCUCUCUCUAUAAAUGAGCUGAAGACCAAGAAGCACACCGCCUCUGAGGGCCUGCUCUGGCUUGUUAGGGGUCUUGACUUCACUGCCCAAUCCCUCCGCCGCCACGUCGACAACUCCUCCGAGAAGCUCGCCGACUCCUUCCGCGGAGCCUACGGCGUUACCCUCAGCAAGCACCACGGUUGGGCUAUAAAGCCGGUCUUUAACCUGGCCAUGGGUGCUGCUCCUGACAAUGAGUCCUUCUACAAGUCCCUGGCUUCCAGUGUCUCUGUCUCCGACGAGGUCAAGGCGAAGAUCCAGGAGCAGUUAGCCCGCGAGGUGAAGGCUCUGGAGAACAUCGUUUCCAUUCUUCAGAAGUUCCAGGAGCAGCCAGACGCCAAGUGGUAA